CUUCGGAAUUGGGUGGUCGUUGUAGCUCGCAUGAGGAGAGCAACCCACCGGUCAGUCACCUACACCAUGAGAAGCUCACGUUUAACAACAAGAAACUCACGUUCCCCAACAAACUCGUCAAAGCUGGAGGGGUCAUGGUUGUACCUGAAGAAGCUGAAAUGAUGCCCAGAGCUGGUGCGGAUUAUUCCAUGCUGUCUACAACAGCAUUGUUUGCCUUCUCAGACCACAAAAACAGCAAAUCACACCAUGCUUUGAAGGAGCCAAAUAAAGACAGAGCAGGAGUAGAGGGAAAAGGCCAUGAACACUACAAACCAAAUAGAGAGCACGGAGAACAAAAAGACUCUGAGAGCAAGACUACUUCCAGAGAGAGAGAGCGUGAAGGAGGGAAGUCCACAUUGAAACCGUCAUCUUCCUCGUCGUUGAGGAAAAGCACAGAGAACCGGGGGAAGGAGGAGGGAAAAAAUAUGGCGAAAAUGGCCUUUAAAGAACUCAAAAUCACCGCAAGAGAGUCCAAAGGUGGAGAUGUAAGGCAGGUGGAUUUACGAGCUGGGACCAAACGCCCUUCAUCCGCUACAGAGUCAUCGAAUCCGACCGCCAAAAAACUGAAGAGCUUCAACAGAACUAAAGAAGGAGGCUCUAUCGCCGCCGCCUCCCGGAUCUCCUCAAUUACUGCUGCUCCUCCCUCCGCCUACCUGGAGAAGAAAAGGACGAGAGAAAAAAGCCACUGGGUAAAAAUGAGACGUGAGCUUCCAAUAGUGAAUAGACGGAUGGAUUCAGAUUCCACUUCGGAAGACGAGACUUUGUCUAGAUCCGUGCAUUCAGUGCGGUCCAAUUCAUCCAGUUCCUGCUCCUCUUCCAGCUCUGACUCUGAGUUUGGGCCCUUGCAGAUGCAAAGCCAAGGACCUUUACACUUCAUGGUGGAACAUCUGCUUUCAGAAUGCUCUGAUGAUGACAGAAGCUCAGAGGUGGAGACGGCCAUAAAGGCCACAAUCCAGGACGCACGCUUGUUCAUGGACAGUGACAGUGAUGUUGAAGAGUCUCACCCGCACAGCCAGGAGGCGCCGUCACCCAUACCCAAACUCAAUACAAAGAAUAUUAAGAUGUUGGAGAAGAAAAAGAAAUCCUCAGAUUCCUGCAAAAGGGAAAAGGUUCUCAAGAGGGACAAGGUUUACACAGAGGAGCUGGUGGACCUCCAUCACAGACUAAUGGCUCUGAGAGAAAGGAAGAUCUUACAACAGAUCGUAAACCUUAUUGAAAAGACCGGACACUUCAACGUCACCAAAACCACGUUUGACUUCGACCUUUUCUCCUUGGAUGAAUCCACUGUGCGUAAACUACAGAACUACGUGCAGGCCAAGAGGACAUGAGAAAGGAGAAUGCCUUGUCUGUUUUUUAGCUCAGUGAAAACACAUGCAUGCACACACAGCUUGAUUACUGCACAGUGGUGGACAUGAUGAUGAACAUGGACAGGGUUUGAAGGCGAUAGUAUAUUUUUGCACUACAGCUGAAAAAUCUAAGCAUUUGCAUGGAACACAGAUGGGAAAUCAUCCCAAAGCACAAACAUUUUGGUUACUAAUUAGUUACAUUUAAACACCUAUUUGUGCCCUGGAUAUAACAUUGAAUCAUGUUUAAUUUGCUGAACAAAGUUUUGUGGAGCUUUUUUGUGCAUCCCACUACACUGUAUUGUCUUCUUUUCAUGCAAGUGGCUACUUGUACAGUUAACAUUCCACAUAAACAGAUUUAUAAAGUG